AUGGACGGUAAUAAUUAAAAUUAAUUUAUAGAGAACAAAGAGGAGACACCUGUGUAAAUCUAAAAAUAAUCUCAAGAAAGCACAGAAUCACCAGAUGUUGGAGUUGAAUCCGCAGGAUUAUGGUUUUGCCAUUGCUAUAAUAACCCCUGUGUAUUGAAUAAUUAUAUUUAUUUACUCCCUGCACGAUACAGACAACAAUUCAGCAGUUUCAGUUGAUACCAGAGCGAUUCAGUUGCUCCCAGAGCUCAAAGAGGAAGAAUCAUGCAUUCAAUCGUCAAACUUUAUCUGUCGGUUACGGACUUUAUCAGGGGAGAGCAGCCGUCAGAAUGCCAGAGGAUGAUCAACGAAACCACUCGUCUAAUAAAUAAUCCCGUUUUUAUAGAUCUCGGGGAUGGAAAGUGUUUUCGAAAUGAAGUAAUGGGCGACUACGACUACUACGCGGCGAAUCCGCUGUGGAUAAAAAUCCGGUUGGUGUUGUUUUGGAUAUUCUGGGGAGCUCUGAUAUUAGUGAUAAUAUUAUCAGCCUCUACUUAUUUCUGUCUGGCCCCCAGUCUCUGCAGGCCCACGAUCUGAUCUCCAAAUUUUAAUCCAACUAUUUAUUCUACUAUUAAAUAAAUCGAAUAAUCGGAGCGAAUGACUACGUCACUCCUAUUUGACUGAUAACUACUUUUAGCUGUGAAAAAUAUAUUUCGACUGACAACAGCGAUACGAUUAUCAAUCCCACGUCUUUGUUCAAUUUUUUUAAUAAAAUUCAAGAUAUUUAUAGCAAACGAAAAAUUGAACACUUGCGGUAUCAGUAAUUUAUUCCAGAGAGUCACGUAUCAGUGACAGAAAUAGUAUAAGCUCAUUAAAUGAUUAAUUCAUCGCUCAGUAUCCAUUUUUUUUACUGUAUUUUAUUGUUAUUUUUAUUAUGAAUA